AUCCUGGCUCAGGUGUGCCCAGGUGGGACACACCUGGAGGAGGGGGAGUGCCCUCAUUUGCAGGUCGUACCUGGGAUUUCACCGGGAACGGGCAGGAGGAGGGACACGGAGGGUCUUUGAUCCUUUCAUUCCCCUUUCCUUGGCCGGUGGCUGCCGGGUGUGAGCUCAGUGCUGCGCCCCCAGGCUCCAGACCCAGCUGGGGGCUCCAAAGGCAGCAGCCAUCAGUGGAGGAAAGAAUUUAAACAAACAGAACAGCGAUGGUACAGACGGGCCUCGGGGUCCUGGCAGAAAUUAUCCCUGUCCUGGCCACAACCAGGCUAUUCCCCACCCCUCGGUGCACAACAUCCACAGCAUUCCUUAUCCCACACCUUGUAUUCAUCUUUACGCCACCCACAGCAUUCCUUAUCCCACACCUUGCACUCACCCUUCAUUCUAAACCAUUCCAUAUCCCAAACCCUGCACUUGCCCUUUAUUCUACACCAUCCACACCAUUCCUUAUCCCAAACCUUGCACUCAUCCUUUACACUAUCCACAUAAUUUCUUAUCCCAAACCUUGCCCUCGCCCUUUUUUCUGCACCUUCCACACCAUUCCUUAUCACUUGCACUCAUCUUUACACUGUGUGCACCAUUCCUUAUCCCAAACCCUGCGCUCACCCUUUAUUUUACACCAUCCAUGUCAUUCCUUAUCCCAUCCAUGUCAUUCCUUAUCCCAAACCUUGCACUCCUCCUUUAUUCUGCACCGCUCCUUAUCCCAAACCCUGCACCAUCCUUACCCCAUCCAUGUCAUUCCUUAUCCCAAACCCUGCUCUCAUCCUUACCCCAUCCAUGUCAUUCCUUAUCCCAAACCCUGCACCAUCCUUACCCCAUCCAUGUCAUUCCUUAUCCCAGACCUUGCACUCACCCCAUCCAUGUCAUUCCUGAUCCCAAACCCUGCACUCACCCCAUCCAUGUCAUUCCUGAUCCCAAACCCUGCACUCACCCCAUCCAUGUCAUUCCUGAUCCCAAACCCUGCACUCACCCCAUCCAUGUCAUUCCUGAUCCCAAACCUUGCACUCACCCCAUCCAUGUCAUUCCUGAUCCCAAACCCUGCACUCACCCCAUCCAUGUCAUUCCUGAUCCCAAACCCUGCACUCACCCCAUCCAUGUCAUUCCUGAUCCCAAACCUUGCACUCACCCCAUCCAUGUCACUCCUCAUCCCCACCUUGCCCUCCCCCUUUUUCUGCACCACCCUCCCCCGCCCAGGCUCCCACCCCUUCCAGCUCUUCCCACAUUUUACCCGCACAGCAGGAUUCCGUCUCCUCAGUCCCCGGCUGGCCCAGGUAAACAAUCUUCCACAGAGCACUCCCCUUGUGAACAACGAGAGGAGCAGCAACUGA